GGGAUUUAAAGGAUGCACACCAGAUAAGGUUCUAGGGAUUUUUCCAACUGCUGUGCUUUUUUAGCAGAGACCAAUCUCCUCAGUUUGCGUCCGAGGUACAGUAUAACAGAUUUGGACGGGUAAAUAAGGAGCUCUUUGGAAUCAGUAGCUGCUGAGGAAAGCUUACUCGUCUGUUCCAGUUCCUUUCCAUCGGACUGCCUCCUGCACUAGGCGUGCUCAUCAGCAGCUCCGUUCUGUCUCAGACACAAGAACGGAGCACGGGGGACUGCGAGACGCCAGCGUAAAGGCUAAAGCAUCUCUACAAGGCAGUGAUGGCUUCUGCUGUACAGUUUUACUCUGGCUCGAAGUGCUGUGCCUAGAACAGAAACACUUGCAAUAAUACAUCAUGUAUAGCGUGGAGGAUCUCCUGAUUUCACACGGAUACAAACUGCCCAAAAAUGCUCCUUCAGCCGACAAGAAUCGAUACGCCGAUUGCCACCAUGAAAUCACAGAGAACAGGUCUGGUCACGCAACUGUGAACGGGUAUGAAACAGACACCGGGGCCUACGUUUACAGCAGGCAGGCUCCAGCAAAGGGCUACUUCAGUGAAAAUGAAUGCAGGGAGAGCAGCCAGAGGAGGAAAGCUGGCAGCGGUAACCAAGGUGACACACAGUCCUCGGGUGAUUUUCACACUACAGAUGCAGGGUUCUAUGAUGGAUCUUCCGGAAUGUAUUCCUCGCGGCAAAGGAGCGAGAGAGAUGUGGCCUACUGGAGAAGAAGAGGGCAAGAUUUCAGUGUUUUACUCAAUUACGCCGACAGUGGAGAGCCGAGAGGAAAUAACUCUUCAAAACCAGAAGGGGUGAGACGAGAGUUGUUUGCAAAGGAUCCGAAAAGUGAAAGAGAAAGUGCGUGCCUGAAAGAGCAAGAUGUGGUGCAGGGGAAACGGAUGAUCACUGGCAACAGGAAGUGGCAAAGCCUGGGCACAGAGGAGUGGAAGCCGGCUGUGGGGUUAGGAAGGCAGCUGUCGGACGGAGACGGAGACAAGUGGGCACAAGAGCAGCACUGCCACAGACCUGGGGGUGGCACCGUUCAUCCAAAAACAAAAGGAAAAUCUCAGUCUCUACCUAGAGUACUGUCACCAGAGAGCCUGCAGUUUGUAGACAUGUCUGCAGCUACUCAGGAGACGUGCAGCAGCCAGAGACUCAACAGCAAAUAUCCUGAAGAGCCAGCUAACAAAGAACAAUGGACUGAAAACAGCAGGCCAGGGGCUCCCGUUACACUUUUACCAAAGCCCAGGUUUAGCAGGCCGCUCAAACCCCCGUCAUAUGAGGCCCACCAGCAGACAAGAGGGAGCUCGGAAAUGAUUGCUGGAGUCCCAGACCCCAAGGCAAAAGAUCGAGCCGGAUCUUAUUUUUCAAAGAGUGGGGAAGCAAGGGCUGAGCCUUUCUCACAGGAGACUGCUGGCUCCAACAUGGAGCCUCCAGUUUACGUACCUCCUCCAUCUUACAAAACACCUUUUCAACAAAAAGGUAACCAAAAGACCUUUCAUGAAGUGCCUAAUCAGAAGUACUGGAGGGAGGUUCAGCAGGUGUCAGAAAGCAGAGAGACAGGGAAAUGGUUAUCAAGGAAGGCUGACAGCUCGUGGGUUGAACACCAGAAGGAUAAAAGUAUAUUAAGCAGGAAACAUAUGUAUCCUGGAUUUAUAGAUGACCAUCUAGGAUGUAUUCAGUACAUACCCUUUGAUGAUCCACGUUUAAAACACAUGCCAGGGAGGCCAUGUGGAAACCCCUUGACUGACUUUGACAAAACCAAGAAUAUAAAAAAAGAGAUGCCCACUGAUAAAGUUUUCGAACAAUCCACACAAGAUAGUGCCUUUUUAAUCCCACCGGGAUUAAUUUACGAUGUGGCGAGCAAAGUGUCUAAUACUGAACAUGCUAACAGCAAUAGAUGGCUUAGUGCUUCACAAAAAGGGAGUGAUAAUCUUGUAGCAUCUAACCAAAACUGUGCUCUGUACCACAAAGAUCAAUCUAAUCCUUAUCAGACCAGAAUGCCCAGGCAAUACCCACAACCAGAUCAAGGCUUUGCCCAAACUGUAACCCAAGUAAAAAAGUUUGAACCAGGCGCAGGAAUGGAGAGAAAAAGAACAUUGAAUGAGACCAUAUUCUGCCUGGUGUCUGUGCCGGUUCACUUGCAACCAAAUGGUCAGAGCUUGGAUCAGAAUAAUAACACAAUGACUCCGGGCACUGUUGAAAGUGCUGCUGGCAAAAACACAGGAAACUUACAAAACCAAACUCUCCGUAGCACGCCCUCAACGGACUUGGAGUUGCAAGCACUUACUGGACGCAUGAUGAACCACAAAGCUGGGAGGAAGCCACAGCCGAGGACUGACGCUGAUAACAAAGAGGUAGGAGGCCUCAAGUCCAGCCAACUCCAGAAACACAAAGAACUUCGAUACUCUGGGUCUUGGCCUGGAGACCAAUACAGAGACCAGGAGACACAAACAAGCUACAUUGAACCUCUACAAGGUGCUAAUCAGGGUGCGCCAAGCAAUCAAGCACACAAUCAGUGCCAUUCCGAUUUUGAAACAAAAGAGCUGAAUUUGGAUACUGAGGGCAAUAGAUAUGUUCAGCAUGGGUAUCCCAUGAAAGGUCAGAUGUGCCUGAACCCGUCCAGUAACAGCGCUUUUUCAAGGACAACCAAUUUCUCUAACCAGGUAAACAAGAGCACAGCACACCAAAUUCAACCCUCAGGAAAUCUAGGGGAGAAGGACAUUUCAGCAAUGAGAUGUAAAAGUAAACCAUUCUCUGCCAGCAACGGGAAAGCAGCUUUCGGUCAGUUUCUCCUGAAGCCGGUCAGCCGUCGACCCUGGGAUGCAAUCGAGGAGCUCGAAAGCAUCAACAAAGAGCUUCAGGAUCAGAUUGGGACCCGCGCUGGUGGUAACCAGUUUACAGGGGACCCUGAGAUGGCUUACGAAGAGCUUGUAAAUCUACAAAUUGGGAGCUGCGACGCUGAAAUUGUAAAUACAGAAGUGUGGGAUCAGAAGCAGGUACAAUCAAGUCUACCAGAGCCACCCCCCUACAAAACCAGCAAAAUGAAAUGUGUGUCCCAGUGCUCGACCAUUCCACAGGACCCUGAAUAUAAUAACAUGACUUAUGUUUCCCGAUCCUCACUGAAGACAGUGGGCGUCAGUAGACUUGCACAAAAAAAUAACCCAAUUCCACAAGAGCAUAAAUAUGGAGACAUUAGGGCAGUUUCCCAGACUUCACUUAAGAGUGUGGUCACCAGUAGAACAUCAAAACAAGAUACCCCUUUUCCAUCAGAGCCUUUAUAUGGAGACAAUGACGCUGUUUCCCAAACUGCACUUAAGACUGUCAGUGAACUGUCAAAGCAAGGUAAAAUAGAGCCUGGUAGAAAGAUUAAGAAGGACAUUUCUAUUCCCAAAGUGAACAAGGAGGAGAUGAGCUCAAAUAGUUUUGGCAUCGCCAUUAAAGACAGUAGCUUCCAAGAAAUUAGGAGCAUAAACUGCAAUAUCAAUACUCAACAAGAAGAAAGAAAGCACGUCAAUGGUUUAACGGUGGUUACGUUUCUACCAGAUAAGGACACCACUAAUAAAAGUGAUGAUGAUGAUGAUGAUAAUGUGAGCUGUAAUUGGAUAACCUACAAGACAGACAAGACACAGAGUGCGGAGGACAUCCCUGAAAAUGAACCCUUGGAAGUGAGGGCUGCUAGGAUAUUAGGGAUAGACGUCCCGGUUGAAUCUCUGGCCAUUGCAGACCAGCUCCUGGAAUUGGACAAACCAGAGUCUUUGACAGAGAGGCACGCGUUCACUAAAGGUGUAACAGAAUGUACAAAUGGAAAGUCGGGGCAUGUGAGAGGAGAGCUUGAGUAUAGCUGCGCAGGUGACACGGCAGGAUCCGUGGUGUACGUCGGACAUAAGGAGGAACGUGAAUUAACAAAAGCAAGAAAAGAAAAUAAUAUCAUCUGUCAGCAGAAGUGCCAUGUUGAAAACGAAGUUAAAGGAGACCCAGAAAAGGGUGAGAAUGUCUCUGGCAAGUUUCUAGGGUCUGGUGCUAUUGAGGAAACGAUGGUCGCCACCGCUCCUAACUCGGAUAAGAAAAGCAGAAGCACAUCGAGAAUGAUUGAGGCCCUGCAGGGUAAGCUGGCUUCCUCCCCAAGCCGGAGCGUAUUGGAGCGCAUGGUCAGGAUGAAGGAGGUGGACUCGGUGUCCCGCAUGAGACGCCUGAGCAUCAAGAGCUCUGACUCGGACGAGGCGGAACAUGAAAAAACACCUAAACAACUGCAGCAGGAAAUGGGAGGUGUUUUUACCUUUACCACUCAUCGCGACUCACUGAAUAACCACUCGUCACAAGGGGCUGCUGUUACAAGAAGAAUUAUAACGCUGACCCAAAGAAAGGGGAGGCUACGAGAAGAUGAAGAAGGCAUUUACCUUUCAGAUUCCUAUGACCCCAGCAGAGUUGAAAAAGUGUGAGGCCUGAAUGACUGACAGACGUGAGCCUCGUCAUCCUCCUCCUCAUCAUCAUCAUGGUCCUUUGAGAUCCGUCUACAGCACUGUGACCUGGCUGCCAACAAUAUUGCCUUCAUUCCAUCAAACCCAACACUGAUUGCCUUCUUCGACACAAGCAUUGUUUACACUGUGUUCUCCUGUUCUAUCAUGAGCGUGCUGUUCCACUGCCACAAGAAAGCAAUGCCCAAAGGGCCUCCAUUUCCUUGCUGUGAGUAAACAAAACGAAACUUACACUUAGACUUGCAAAACUGUGUGUGCUUCUCAUUGGUGGACCUUUAUGCAAUUCUGAAAUGCAAAACAAACCUAAAACUGUUGCUAAUUGUUCUUGGCAACAGGGCACAGCUGUUAUUCAAACCGUGCUAUUAUGUCAGGUUCUCUGAACUGGUAUAUAUACAAAAAAAAAGAUUGAAUGUAAGUUCUCAAAGAAAUGUUGGUGUUUUUCUAAACACCAGAAUAGAAAGAGUUUCUUGUGAACAUUUUGUCACAGUCAGUAUUACCUUUUCCAGAUGCGAGUACAGUAAGAAGAGGUGUGUGGUUAAUAGCUUCUGAAGUCAAGAGAUUAAGGGGCUACAGCACUGUUUGUUUUUUAUAGCACUCUUUAGCAAAACGUACCUAUACUGUAUAUCUUAAGCAUUUCAAAAAAGAAUGCAGAGACAAACAGAAAGUGAAUACUCACUAGCAGAAUUGUGCUGGAAACAUGUUGAUUCAUAUUUCUUAGUAUUGAAUGUCAGCACAUGUGAAUUAAAUAGCAGGGUUCAUUCCAAGUUCUGCUCCAUCCAGGUAUUAAUUUAACGCUUGAUAAAAGUUAUAUCUGUUGCAAAGUGCUCCAGCCACUAAUAAGCAACUCUUUUUGUUAAGUAUGUGUUGCAGGGACCUAUUCACAAAGCUUUAACUGGAGAGAUCUUCAAAGUGUUCUGAAUUUGAUAGUUUGUUAUUCAUUACAACAUCAGUCCACUGUAGUCAUGGAACAAUCUAGAAAUGACAUAAACUUUCAUUAAUUACAAGUCUUUAAAUAAUUUAAGACAUAGUGCUUUAUGAACAGAGAUUGUAGUUUCUAAACUGAAGAGUGUCUGCAUAGGUGUCUUACAAUGAUCUAAACAAUGUACAUAAAUGACUUAAGCAAUGAUUAUAAAGAAUAGAUUGUAAGGGCCCUAAUUACAGACUUUUAGCUCAUUAGUUAUAUGUAAGAAUGUAUUUUGAGAGGCAGUUUUUUGUCGAAAAUAAGUGUUUGAUAGUAAAAUUAUUCUAGACUGUUGACUUAAAGCAUACUUUUAUACUCUUUCUUUAAAUAACUCUCACGAGUUAAUGCUUUAUGAAUAGGGCCCCAAGUUCCAUUUAACACAGUAUGUGUAUAUAUAUAUAUAUAUAUAUAUAUAUAUAUAUAUAUAUAUAUAUAUAUAUAUAUAUAUAUAUAUAUUGGUUCUUAUUACAGAUAUGCAUUUUUUUAUAUCAUUUCACCGAAUCUGUAGCAAGCUACAAGCUGUACAAAGUAAACUGCAUUUUAAGAGAUUAUAUUUAACCUUUAAAAUGUUGACCACUUAUUUCAACCUUGAUUCAGCACAUAACUAUAUUAUCCCAAUUAUUUUAUCAUUGUGUUUCUAUGUUUUCAGAAGGCAAUCACCCAUACUUAGUUUUUAAGUGUAUUUGAGUAUGAACACAUUAUACACUGGGUACCUCUGAGAUGUAGUGCUGCCAACUGCCUAGAUCUUUGGGGAACCUGUUUUUUUUUUUUCUAAGUUUUGCAACCAUUCAGUACUUACCUAUAUCUGGAGAACCACAUGUCCAGUUGUCAUGAAAUUUGCGAAUUACAUUCUUUAAAACAAGUUGAUGUGAGUGUAACGGGCAGAGUUGUGUGCUAUUUAGAACAGGGGUGUCCAAUCGUGGUCCUGGAGGGCCACUCCACUCAAAGUUUAACAAGUAAAAUGAUACAAUGAACUAAUUCAGGGUCUGUCACUUAAACAAUUUAGAACAGGGUUGAAACAAAGACCAGGAGUGGAAGGCCCAACUUUGGCCACCCCUGGUUUAGAACACGUUCAUGUGAGCUUUGGAUUGUGGGAGUUAUGGGGGUACAGUAUCUGUCCAGCUCUCUGAGUGUCAAACUUACAUUUGCUCAAGGUGGAAGCAGGUGAUGGUGAUUUACUUCUUCACAACACUGAUAUCUCUAAUUGUGAAUUUCCAGCGGUGGCAGGUUUUCUAGCGAGUGGUGCAAGGUACCUUGACUUUACUGACAUUGCUGUUAAAAGUCUAGCCAGCACCGAGCUCACUCAGUUAAAAUGGCAUUUCUUGUGUCCCCAUAUUGUCAGCAGGGUAACAACUGUGGGUUAAUCCUAAGAAGGGGAUGCCCUUCCCCAUUGCCUCAUUUAGCUCCGUUUCCCUCUUUUAUCAUUGCCAGCUCUGGAUAUGAUUUGUUCAAAUCGAAACAAAGAGUCAAAUUCCCCAUUGUAAUCUUCACAUGUAUCUGUGUUUUUAUAAUUUUUAUCAUUGACUGUUUAUGUGUAUUUUUUGUUACUACAACUAGGCUGUUUCAAGUUUUAAACAAUAGCUUUUUUGCCAUUAUGCAAUUGAAACAUUUUGCAUUUUUAUUGUAUGUAUAUGCACAUUACUUAAAGCAGUAUUCCGCUUAAAAUUCAUUCUGGCAAUAAUAAGCUGAAUGGUGUUAUAGCACCUGGCAUCUGCAGAACACUGUAAUGUAGUUAAACAAGCUAUAUUCAAUUCACUGCUACUGGGUGACAAUAAUAAUUAAAACAUCAAUAUACUCAUUACUAACAUGCUGGCAUGACACACACCUCUUUAGCAUACUGAAAGCACAGUUGGAUUCAUAUUUUAUGUUCCAACCUUUACAAUUAGUUUUUUGCUUACUAAUACAUUUGCAACUAUUUCAAUAUAUCAAUGAGAAUCAUUGAACAUUUUAAUUUUAGAUGAAACUUGGGACCUCAAGUUUCUGAACAGGGAGCAUAACAGCUGCAUCUAUGCCUUUGGAAAGGGCAACCCCAAAGGUUGCCCUUGCAGCCGUAUGCACCACACUGAUUAUAACUGGUGCUUUUGAAGCUGUAAGAAUGAUAGUGCUACUGGGGUUUUAAAGCAUCCUUAGUCAUGGUGGCGUGGAAGCAGAUCAUUUAACCUCUCAGAGCUGUCUCUUGUACUCGGUUUUGUACCUUGGCAUCUCAAGCAGACUGUUGUAUUUGAGUGUCAUUGAUAUUUUGUAUUGCACGUUAUGUGCAACAUGACAGAUUAUGCACAUCUUGUAAUAUUUUAUAUUUUCAUAUGAAAUCGAAAUGCUUUUUUUGUACUCAGACCCAGGCCUUUAUUGCACGCAUGAAACUAAAAAGAAUAAAUAAUAAAAUAAUUUGCAUUUGGUACUUUUAAAGAAGUCAACCCAAUAAGCAACCAUUUUCUUUCAUAAAGCAUGUUUUUAUUUUGGAAACCUAUGCCAAGAGAAACGACCUGAUAAGCUAAAGAGCCAUUUAUAGUAUUUUAAAAGGGAACUCAUCUAUUUUUUCUUUGUGGCACAUCAAUACUUUGUAUUUAUGAACAGAAAAUGUACAUAAUAUAUCACUAUAUGAGUGUGCUACCGUUGUAUAAUAAUGCUGCCUAUUCAUAAAUAAAGUAUUUGCAUGAAUAUUUGGCUUGCAUUUGCA